AUGUCUACCCUCAAACAAAGGAAAGAAGAUUUUGUAUCGGGACUCGAUGGUGGUCCCAUGCAAGAAAUUAACAUCGUCACUUCAAUCUCCUUAACGGCAUACUUUUGCUGGAAUUUACUUCAAUCUGUCAACAAUGAAGAACCAUUGAACCCAAUUUUGGAUUUCUCUUUAAAUUGGAUCCCAUUAUUAUUAUCAAUUACUUCAUAUUCUAAUGAUAUCGGAUUGUUGACUUUAUUGUUACUUUUACCAUGCGUUUCCAUUUUCAUAUAUCAAAAAUUCAUCUUGAAACAGCAACAACAGCAACAACAAAAAACAAAAUUAGGUCCUAAAGCAUCCAAGAAUGAGGAAGACCCACUGAGUUUCAAAUUAAUGAAACAACCAUACAUUACUGCGUAUCGUAGUGGUAUGUUGAUACUCACAACAUUGGCCAUACUUGCCGUGGAUUUCCCCAUCUUCCCACGUCGUUUCGCAAAAGUAGAAACUUGGGGAACAUCCUUAAUGGACCUAGGUGUUGGUUCAUUUGUAUUUAGUAAUGGUAUAGUUUCAUCCCGUUCCAUCUUGAAAAAUAAAAUGCAAUCAUCCAAGCCGCACCAUUUCCUACGCAAUACUUUCAAUGCAUUCAAAUCUGGUGUCUCACUAUUAAUCUUGGGUUUAUUACGAUUAUAUUUCGUGAAAAAUUUGGAAUAUCAAGAACAUGUCACGGAAUAUGGUGUACAUUGGAAUUUCUUUAUCACACUUUCUUUAUUACCUCCCACUUUGGCUAUUUUAGACCCAUUGACUAAAUGGAUCCCACAUUGUGUCAUCGCAAUGACGAUAUCAUUAAUAUACGAAUUGGUGUUCCUCCUAGACACAAAUGUCUUAAAUUAUUUGGUAUUAGCACCAAGGACAACUUUUUUUAGUGCAAACAGAGAAGGUAUUGUAUCAUUCUUAGGGUAUUGUUCUAUCUUCCUAUGGGGACAAACAGCUGGAUUUUUCCUAUUGGGUAAUGUUCCUACUGUAAACAAUUUAUACAGAGCUUCUGUGGUCCCAGUUACUUUAUCAACUUCCAUUACCAACAAGAAGAAAAGGAAUCCACAACGGAACAAAUUGAAAGCAUGGGAUAGAUUUACUUCUGUAUCACCGUUAAAGGGUUUAUUCAUAUGGACAUUCAUAUUUUUGGUAUUAUCACAAUUUAUCACCUCAAUUCAUCCAUACGAUGUCUCAAGAAGAUUUGCCAAUUUACCAUACACAGUAUGGGUCAUUACUUAUAACAUGGGAUUCAUAUUAGUCUUUUGUCUCGUUGAUAAAUUGUUUGGUAAUAAUGGCCAGAAUUAUAACGUUCCAUUAACUUUGGAAGCAAUAAAUUCAAAUGGUCUUUUAAUGUUUUUAUUAUCUAACGUAUCGACCGGAUUGAUUAAUAUGUCCAUCACCACUAUCGAUUGUUCAGAUACCAUCGCAACUUUGAUCCUAUUAGCAUACGCUGCAACUAUGGCCAUCAUAUCCAUUGUCCUAUAUAAAUUCAAUAUCAUUAUUAAAUUAUAG